GACACGUCAUUAGGGUUUCACAACUUGUCUUCUCUCUGCCGCCGUUCUUCCAUCACCAUCUCUUUCACCGUCUCCAAACCAUCUCCUUCACCGUCUCUAUCUCAUCUCCAUUGCCAUGAAUCCAUGAACGAGAUCUUCUCCUCAGUCGUUAGCCCCGCAAGAACUUCUCGUCAAUGGUCACCACUUACCUCCGACUCGAGAUCGUGCGCUCGUCGCUUAAUUGGGAACUGAAUCAAUGUCGUUAAAGGUGAAGAAUAGAAGAAAGCCAUGGCUUGGAAAUGGUGGUUUGUAGAUUGCGAAAGCUUAUGACAAACAUUGGUGGAUUCGAUCUGGGUUGUAAAAGAGAAUCGGAUUUGAUCCCCAUAGAAAAAAAACGGAUCCGACGAUUUUUUUUGCGGAUACCCGGAUUCCGAAUAUCCGUAGCAAACGGAUGCGGAGCCGAAUAUUAUAUCUACGGAUCCGGCGGUUACGGACCGGAUCCGGAUACUCCAAAAAAACCCGGAUAUCCGGAUCCGUAACAGGCCUACUAGACACUAUACUUUAUUUUUUUUAUCAAAUAUGAAAUGUUUACUUUUG